CAGGAGGUCCGUUUCAAACCUGCAGAAGCUCAGACCGACUCAAGAACUACAGGAUGCAGCGCCUCAGAGAGGGAAUCCACAUCCGGACCAUGAAGGCCAAGAGGAAAGUGGAGGAGAUCUCCAAGGAGAACGUCCAGGCCUUCCUGAAGAAGAACGCCUUCGUCCUCUUCACGGUCGGAGCCGUGGUCGCUGGAGUCAUCCUGGGCUUCGCUCUGCGGCCGUACAAGAUGACGUACCGGGAGGUGAAGUACUUCUCGUUUCCUGGGGAGGUUCUGAUGAGGAUGCUCCAGAUGCUGGUUCUGCCUCUGCUUGUGUCCAGUCUGAUCACAGGGAUGGCAGCUUUGGACAGCAAGGCCUCAGGAAAGAUGGGUGUGAGAGCCGUGAUUUACUACAUGACCACCACGGUGAUCGCCGUCUUCAUCGGGAUCCUCAUUGUCCUCAUAAUCCACCCAGGAAAAGGCUCCAAGGAGGAGUUCGGAAAGCAGAGGACCAUCGAACAAGUCAGCCCCGCCGACGCCUUCUUAGACCUGAUCAGAAACAUGUUCCCACCAAACCUCGUCCAGGCAUGCACGCAGCAGUUUAAAACCAAAUACGAGAAGCGAACGUUUCACAUGACGAUCACAGUGAACGAAACCAUCUCCAACUCCACUAACGCCACUCAGGAGGUCAUGGAGAUCACCAGGGAAGAAGUGAUCCCAGUGCCGGGUCAGGUGAAUGGGCUCAAUGCCCUUGGGUUGGUGGUCUUCUCCAUGUGCUUUGGUCUGAUAAUUGGCAACAUGAAGGAACAGGGUCAGCUCCUCAGGGAGUUCUUUGACAGCUUGAACGAAGCCAUCAUGCAUCUGGUUGCCAUCAUCAUGUGGUAUGCCCCGAUUGGUAUCCUGUUCUUAAUUGCAGGAAAAAUCGUGGAAAUGGAUGACCUGACUCAGAUGGGAGGCCAGUUGGGCAUGUACACCAUCACAGUCAUUAUUGGCUUGUUGAUUCAUGGCGUUCUGGUUCUGCCCACUCUUUACUUCGUCAUCACUCGACAGAACCCCUUUAUCUUCAUCACUGGGCUCCUGCAGGCUCUGGUAACAGCUUUGGGGACCUCCUCCAGCUCUGCAACACUUCCUGUCACCUUCAAAUGUCUGGAGGAGAACAACAGGAUCGAUAAGCGUAUCACACGCUUUGUGCUGCCGGUCGGCGCCACCAUCAACAUGGACGGGACAGCUCUGUACGAGGCGCUGGCGGCCAUCUUCAUCGCCCAGGUCAACAAUGUGGAGAUGAACUUUGGUCAGAUCAUCACCAUCAGUAUAACUGCUACUGCAGCCAGCAUCGGCGCUGCUGGGAUCCCUCAGGCAGGCCUGGUAACCAUGGUGAUUGUCCUCACCUCUGUUGGACUUCCUACUGAUGACAUCACUCUCAUCAUUGCAGUUGAUUGGUUCCUGGACCGUCUUCGUACCACCACCAACGUUUUGGGGGACUCCAUCGGCGCUGGCAUCAUAGAGUUCUUGUCCCGACACGAGCUCCGCAGCAAAGAUGUGGAGAUGGGAAACUCUGUGCUGGAGGAGAAGGAGAGAAAGAAACCCUACAAGCUCAUCUCUCAGUACAGCGAUUUGGAAAACGACAAACGUAUCCACAGUGAAUCAAACAUGUAGUAUAAAUGAAAGUAAAAGAGACAAUUCUGUUUGUGGAACUAAGUUUGCGACACUGCCAAC